UCUACGAGGAGUGUUAGGAGGUUAUGGGGAGCUCACAAAGGCUCUUCUUUGUUUAUUCUUAAUACCUUGCUUCUGUGUUCCUCGGGAAUGCCACUGGGCUUAUGCAUCUGGUCUCUGGGAGCUGCAGUGGAUGGGCAUUUGUGACAGCACUAUGGGACUGAGUAACACUCUCCUUGGGAUGGCCCUCCUGAUCUCUGGUGCUGCUUCCAUGAUGAGUCAAGGAUAUUUCAACAAGACUGGAGAACUGCCGUGCCAUUUUACAAACUCUCAAAAUAUAAGCCUGGAUGAGUUGGUAGUAUUUUGGCAGGACCAGGAUAAGCUGGUUCUGUAUGAGCUAUACCGAGGCAAAGAGAACCCUCAAAAUGUUCAUCCCAAGUAUAAAGGCCGCACAAGCUUUGACAAGGACAACUGGACCCUGAAACUUCACAACAUUCAGAUCAAGGACAAGGGCUCAUAUCAAUGUUUCAUUCACCAUAAAGGGCCCAAAGGACUAGUUCCCAUGUACCACAUGGGUUCAGAGCUAUCAGUGCUUGCUAACUUCACUCAACCUGAAAUAAUGGUAACUUCUAAUAGAACAGAAAAUUCUGGCAUCAUAAAUUUGACCUGCUCAUCUGUACAAGGUUACCCAGAACCUAAGGAGAUGUAUUUUAAGCUAAAAACCGAGAAUUCAACUACUAAGUAUGAUACUGCCAUGAAGAAAUCUCAAAAUAAUGUCACAGAACUGUACAACGUUUCUAUCAGCUUGUCUUUUUCAGUCCCUGAAGCAAGCAAUGUGAGCAUCACCUGUGUCCUGCAACUUGAGUCAAUGGAACUUCACUCCCUACCGUACAAUAUAGAUGCACAUACGAAACCCCCCCCUGCCCGAGACCCCAUCCUCUGGAUUGCGGCUCUACUUGUAAUGUUGGUCAUUUUGUGUGGGAUGGUGUUGGUGUUCUUUCUAACACUAAGGAAAAGGAAGAAGAAGCAGCCUGGCCCCUCUCAUGAAUGUGAAACCAACAAAAUGGAGAGAAAAGAGAGUGAACAGACCAUGGAAAGAGUACAACCCCAUGUACCUGAAAGAGCUGAUGAAGCCCAGUGUGUUAACAUUUCGAAGACAACCUCAGGCAACAAAAGUACUACACAUUUUUAAUUAAAGAGUAAAGUCCAUAUGACCAUCCAUUGUUUAUAUGCCUUUGCUUUCAAAUUUUGGGUUACUUUUUUUCUUGUCCAUUAAUAUUAUUAUUACCGUUAAUAAUAGCAGAGGCUCGGGGACUCCCUCUAAGUGAGAUAGCCUUCCUAUACUGCCAGUUCUGCUCCCUAUGCCAGGAGCAGGUUUUAACGGCUUCUUUUCAUUUCAGAGCACACUUGUGGGCCGAGCUCACCUGACUGGCUCCUGGCUCAGGACUAAUGUUUAAGACUAACACCUCCUGUUUCAGAUUCAGCCUUCUUUUCUUAAUUUUAUAAAUUGUGUUUUAUGUAGAACCCCCCAAUUACUGGAAUAAUGGCUUUUAUCUAUGCUUAAUUCUCAAAUAGUGCCUCAUUCCAUCUUGUAUAUUUGUGACUACCUCUUCAGUCUGGGUGGGAGUUAUGUAUGUUAUGGCUUUAUAGUGUUGCUAUUAAUAUUUUGAAACAUAAAGAGAUGUGUACUAUAAUAAUGUAAUUACUAUGCCCUAAGAAAAGUCUACCCACUGCUCUGUGAGGGUCAGUAAGAAAAUGAUGGCUUGGUGUGCGGAACAAAUCAAAAUUUGGAAAAUUAGGCACGAUGGAGAUAGAACCAGCUCUGAAUCCUGGAGCCACUUCUGUCUGGGCUGCUGUUAAUCCGAGGAGGAUCCACCUGCCAACAGGCUAUUGAUAAGUCUUAGCAGAGAGCACUGUGUAAAGCAGGAAAGCACUAUGCACUGUGAACCCUGCUUCUCUUCUUGAAAGAAAAGACUGAGAUGAUGGCCCAGGGUAACUGUUCAAGAACAACUGAGAGAUCACAAUACUCAAAAGAGAGAGACAGAGAUAGAGAAGGAAAGCUUUUGACCGACAGAGAUGUGCAUGAAUGUCCUAUCUGUCCAGUCCUCCAGCAAGCAACAGGUGAACAGACUGUCCAAAAGGACUGGAGACAGACAGCACCUUCCCUGGUGGUUGGUGAGAAGUUUGGAUAAUACUCAAGUUAUUGUGAUUUUCCAUCUGGCUGGAGGCAGAGCUGCGGAGGGACAGCUAUCAUCUUGAUAAUGGGAUAAAUGGAAGGAGGCUGAGUACUCUUCCAACUCAUGGCUGAGAGAGAAGGAGCUAGAGUGGAAUUAGGAGGACCAAGAUGCAAAUCAUCCAGAGGCCAACAUAGCUGGCAGGUGUCCUAGGAAGGGAUCAGCUGGCCCAGAGCAGGACUCGCAGAUUUGUGCCUGAGGACUGUCUAUGUCAUUCUCAAUGAUGGGAAAGCUAGGUGCACAAGAGGACUAUGCUAGCCUGGUAGAAAUGAGUUAGGUGACCCUGGCAUCACUAAUGGAUGGAGCAGCCUCAGUCCAAACCGAAAGAGAACUUUGGGAGGCCCAACCCACAGAAAUAUUUCUUCUUAUUCUAUAUAAAGGAACCUAGAAGAUUGUAGACAGCUGUGCUAGCCAUGCUUGCCUUGUAAUAUUACCAUUUGUGUGUUGUGCCCUGCCUCUGACUUCAUUAAGCUCUAAGCAUCUUGUUGGUUCCUAACUUGUUUUAUACAGUGAGCUCUUAAUAAAUUUUUCUUAAAUUGA